AGCUUAUUAACUUAGGUCCCUGGUGCAGGGGAGCAAUCUGGCCGGAGCGCCAUGUGUGAAAGAUGAUUGUGGCUAGGCUGCGAAGGAGGAAACAAAAGCAACCUUGCGGACAGGAGCCCAAUUAAGGGGCUGCUGAAGGAACUGAGCCAUGGCUUCCUGGACUAUAGCCGAGAGAUGGAGAAAGAAACAGUGUGAAGAUUCAGAUUUGAUUGCUACAAGGACUCUGUUUUUGGAUGCUGAAAAGCUUGUGGUGGGCACCAUGGAUGUGAAGGAAAGGAAGCCGUACCGUUCCCUGACUAGGCGUCGGGACACAGAACGCCGCUAUACCAGCUCUUCAGCAGAAAGUGAAGAGGGCAAAGUACCCCAGAAGUCCUACAGCUCCAGUGAGACCCUGAAGGCUUAUGACCAAGAUGCCCGUCUGACUUAUGGCAGCCGGGUCAAAGAUAUGGUACACCAGGAAGCAGAUGAGUUCUGCCGAACAGGUGCCAACUUUACUCUUCGUGAGUUGGGGCUCGGAGAGGUGACCCCACCCCAUGGAACUCUGUACAGGACAGACAUUGGCCUGCCCCAUUGUGGCUACUCCAUGGGGGCUGGCUCAGAUGCCGAUGCUGAGGCUGAUGCCGUCCUGUCCCCUGAGCACCCAGUAAGACUGUGGGGCCGCAGCACCAGGUCCGGGAGGAGCUCCUGCCUGUCGAGUCGAGCUAACUCCAACCUCACCCUCACUGACACUGAGCACGAGAACACAGAGACUGAUCACCCAGCAAGCCUUCAGAACCCCUCCAGGUUGCGGACGCCACCUCCUCCGCUGUCUCACGCCCACACCCCCAACCAGCAUCACGCAGCCUCCAUCAACUCCCUGAAUCGAGGGAACUUCACGCCACGCAGCAACCCCAGCCCAGCACCGACGGACCACUCUCUUUCUGGGGAGCACCCCGUCGGCCCCCCGGAGGCUGCCCAUGCGCAGGAUAACUGGUUACUCAACAGCAACAUCCCACUGGAAACCAGAAACAUAGCGAAGCAGACAUUCCUAGAGACUUUGCAGGACAACCUCAUUGAGAUGGACAUUCUCACCUCCUCCCGCCAUGAUGGUGCUUACAAUGAUGGGCACUUCCUGUUUAAGCCGGGAGGUACAUCGCCCCUCUUUUGUACCACAUCUCCAGGAUACCCGCUGACGUCCAGCACUGUGUACUCUCCUCCCCCUAGACCCCUCCCAAGAAGCACGUUUUCCAGGCCUGCCUUUAACCUUAAGAAGCCCUACAAGUACUGUAACUGGAAGUGUGCCGCACUCAGUGCCAUCAUCAUCUCCGUCACUCUGGUGGUCUUGCUGGCCUAUUUUGUUGCCAUGCACCUGUUUGGCCUAAACUGGCACCUGCAGCCGCUGGAAGGGCAGAUGUAUGAGAUGACGGAGGACACAGCCAGCAGUUGGCCUGUGCCAACAGACGUCUCCCUGUAUCCCUCAGGGGGCACGGGGUUAGAGUUACCUGACAGGAAAGGCAAAGAAGCCGGAGAAGGAAAGCCUAGUAGUCUUUUUCCAGAGGAGAGUUUUAUCGACUCCGGAGAAAUCGAUGUGGGGAGACGAGCAUCCCAGAAGAUCCCUCCUGGUAUUUUUUGGAGAUCUCAGGUGUUUAUCGAUCACCCGGUGCAUUUGAAAUUCAACGUGUCUUUGGGAAAAGCAGCUCUGGUUGGGAUUUAUGGCAGAAAAGGCCUUCCUCCUUCACACACACAGUUUGAUUUUGUGGAGCUCUUGGAUGGGAGACGACUCUUGACUCAGGAGGUGAGGAGCCUGGAAGGUCCUCAGCGCCAGUCCCGAGGUUCCAUUCCGCCCUCCAGCCACGAGACGGGCUUCAUCCAAUAUUUGGAUUCUGGGAUUUGGCACCUGGCUUUCUACAAUGAUGGCAAGGAAUCUGAAGUGGUUUCUUUCCUCACCACUGCUAUUGAAUCUGUGGAUAAUUGUCCAAGCAACUGCUACGGGAAUGGGGAUUGCAUAUCUGGGACUUGCCAUUGUUUCCUUGGUUUCUUGGGUCCAGACUGUGGCAGAGCCUCCUGCCCAGUGCUUUGCAGUGGAAACGGACAGUACAUGAAAGGGAGGUGUCUAUGCCACAGCGGCUGGAAAGGUGCUGAGUGCGAUGUGCCCACUAACCAGUGCAUUGAUGUGGCCUGCAGCAACCGAGGCACCUGCAUCAUGGGGACCUGCAUUUGCAAUCCAGGCUACAAGGGAGAGAGCUGCGAGGAAGUGGAUUGCCUGGAUCCCACCUGCUCCGGACGAGGCGUCUGUGUCCGAGGUGAGUGCCACUGCUCCGUUGGCUGGGGCGGAACCAGCUGCGAGACGCCACGGGCCACGUGUUUGGACCAGUGCUCGGGCCACGGAACCUUCCUUCCUGACACGGGACUCUGCAGCUGUGAUCCCAAUUGGACUGGACACGACUGUUCCAUCGAGAUCUGCGCAUCGGACUGCGGAGGCCAUGGAGUCUGUGUGGGAGGCACCUGCCGCUGUGAGGAUGGCUGGAUGGGGUCGGCCUGCGAUCAGAGGGCCUGCCACCCUCGCUGUAAUGAGCACGGGACCUGCCGGGAUGGCAAAUGUGAAUGCAGCCCCGGCUGGAACGGAGAGCAUUGCACUAUUGAAGGCUGUCCUGGUUUGUGCAACGGGAAUGGCAGAUGUACCCUGGACCUGAACGGGUGGCACUGCGUCUGUCAGCUGGGCUGGAGAGGAGCCGGCUGUGACACGUCCAUGGAGACGGCGUGUGGCGAUGGCAAAGACAACGAUGGAGGUAAGGCGGCGUGGACCCUGAAGGAAAGGGGAAAAGAACUGCCUAGGAGCUAUGGCCAGGGGCAGCUCUUGGGCCAAAAAGGGCAGCCCAAGAGGAUGCUGGGCCCUUGUUGUGGAUGCACAGAGAGAAGGUGGCAAAAGCAAAUCACUCCUCGAUUGGAAUGGAUGAUUUUGUUCUUAAAUCAUUUUUUUCUCUCUCCAACUUUCUUUCACCCUUUUAGGCAUGCCUGUGUCAUUCGAGGCCAAGUGAUGACGUCUGAUGGGACUCCGCUGGUUGGUGUGAACAUCAGUUUUGUCAACAACCCUCUCUUUGGAUAUACCAUCAGCAGACAAGAUGGCAGCUUUGAUCUGGUGACAAAUGGAGGGAUCUCCAUCAUCCUGAGGUUUGAGCGAGCGCCAUUCAUCACUCAAGAGCACACACUCUGGCUCCCGUGGGACCGCUUCUUUGUCAUGGAAACCAUCAUCAUGCGGCACGAGGAGAAUGAGAUCCCGAGCUGUGACCUGAGCAACUUUGCCCGUCCCAACCCCAUCGUCUCUCCUUCCCCUCUGACAGCCUUUGCAAGCUCAUGCGCAGAGAAAGGCCCCAUCGUUCCUGAAAUCCAGGCUUUGCAGGAAGAGAUCAGCAUCUCGGGCUGUAGCAUAAAGCUGAGCUACCUGAGCAGCCGGACGCCUGGCUACAAGUCCGUCCUGAAGAUCAGCCUCACCCACCCCACCAUCCCUUUCAAUCUCAUGAAGGUCCACCUCAUGGUCGCUGUGGAAGGGCGCCUCUUCAGGAAGUGGUUCGCCGCCGCCCCGGACCUCUCCUACUAUUUCAUCUGGGACAAGACUGAUGUCUACAACCAGAAGGUGUUUGGCCUCUCAGAAGCCUUUGUCUCUGUCGGAUAUGAAUAUGAAUCCUGCCCGGAUUUGAUCUUAUGGGAGAAAAGGACCGCAGUCCUCCAGGGCUAUGAAAUCGAUGCUUCCAAACUGGGAGGAUGGACCUUGGACAAGCAUCACGCCCUCAACAUCCAGAGCGGUAUACUGCAUAAAGGAAAUGGAGAAAAUCAGUUUGUAUCCCAGCAACCACCUGUCAUUGGGAGCAUCAUGGGGAAUGGACGGCGGCGAAGCAUUUCCUGCCCUAGCUGUAAUGGCCUUGCCGAUGGCAACAAGCUCCUGGCUCCAGUAGCCCUUGCAUGUGGCUCAGAUGGGAGCCUCUACGUUGGGGACUUCAACUACAUUCGGAGGAUCUUUCCCUCUGGCAAUGUCACCAACAUCCUGGAGUUAAGCCAUAGUCCAGCUCAUAAGUACUACCUGGCAACAGACCCCAUCACUGGAUCCGUCUUCCUCUCUGACACCAACAGUCGGCGAGUCUUUAAGAUCAAGUCAACCACGAUCGUGAAGGAUGUCGUCAAGAAUUCCGAGGUGGUGGCGGGGACGGGGGAUCAGUGCCUUCCUUUUGAUGACACUCGCUGUGGCGAUGGCGGGAAGGCCACAGAGGCCACACUCACCAAUCCCAGAGGUAUAACAGUGGACAAAUUUGGGCUGAUCUACUUUGUGGAUGGCACCAUGAUCAGGCGCAUUGAUCAGAAUGGGAUUAUCUCCACUCUCCUGGGAUCCAAUGACCUGACCUCCACCCGGCCUCUCAGCUGUGACUCCAUCAUGGAUAUAUCUCAGGUUCGCCUGGAGUGGCCCACCGACUUGGCGAUCAACCCCAUGGAUAACUCCCUCUAUGUUCUGGACAACAACGUGGUCCUGCAGAUCUCGGAGAACCAUCAAGUGCGCAUUGUUGCCGGGAGGCCCAUGCACUGCCAGGUGCCUGGCAUCGACCACUUCCUCCUGAGCAAGGUGGCGGUCCACGCCACCCUGGAGUCCGCCACGGCCCUGGCCGUCUCCCACAACGGGGUCCUCUACAUCGCUGAGACCGAUGAAAAGAAAAUCAACCGAAUCCGGCAGGUCACCACCAACGGCGAGAUUUCUCUGGUCGCCGGCGCCCCCAGCGGCUGUGACUGCAAGAACGAUGCCAACUGCGACUGCUUCUCUGGGGACGAUGGCUACGCCAAGGAUGCCAAACUGAACUCCCCGUCUUCCCUGGCCGUGUGUGCCGACGGGGAGCUCUACGUGGCUGAUCUGGGCAACAUCCGGAUCCGCUUUAUCCGCAGAAACAAGCCGUUCCUGAACACCCAGAACCUGUACGAGCUGUCGUCCCCCAUCGACCAGGAGCUCUACCUGUUUGACACGAGCGGGAGGCACCUGUACACCCAGAGCCUCCCCACGGGGGAUUACCUGUACAACUUCACUUACACGGGCGACGGCGACAUCACCCUCAUCACGGACAACAAUGGCAACGUGCUCAACGUGCGCAGGGACUCCACCGGGAUGCCCCUGUGGCUCGUGGUCCCAGAUGGCCAGGUGUACUGGGUGACGAUGGGCACCAACAGCGCCCUCAAAAGCGUGACGACCCAAGGGCACGAGCUGGCGCUGAUGACUUACCACAGCAACUCCGGGCUCCUCGCCACCAAAAGCGAUGAAAACGGAUGGACCACAUUUUAUGAGUACGACAGCUUUGGCCGCCUGACAAAUGUGACAUUCCCCACUGGCCAGGUCAGCAGCUUCCGAAGCGACACAGACAGCUCAGUGCAUGUCCAGGUGGAAACAUCUAGCAAGGAUGAUGUGACAAUAACCACCAACCUGUCAGCUUCUGGUGCCUUCUACACACUGCUGCAGGACCAAGUACGAAAUAGCUACUACCUGGGUGCUGACGGCUCCCUGAGGUUGAUUCUGGCCAAUGGCAUGGAGGUGGCCUUACAGACAGAGCCCCACCUUCUGGCCGGCACCGUCAACCCCACAGUGGGCAAGAGGAACGUGACGCUGCCCAUUGACAAUGGGCUCAACCUGGUGGAGUGGAGGCAGCGCAAAGAGCAGGCCAGGGGCCAGGUCACCGUCUUUGGACGCCGGCUACGGGUUCACAACCGAAACCUCCUCUCCCUGGACUUUGACCGGGUGACUCGAACCGAGAAGAUCUACGACGACCACCGCAAGUUUACCCUUCGGAUCCUCUAUGACCAGGCCGGGAGGCCCAGCCUGUGGUCCCCCAGCAGCAGGCUGAAUGGUGUCAACGUGACCUAUUCCCCGGGCGGCCACAUCGCGGGCAUUCAAAGGGGCACCAUGUCAGAGAGGAUGGAGUACGACCAGGCCGGCCGCAUCACCUCCAGGAUCUUUGCCGACGGGAAGUCUUGGAGCUACACUUACCUAGAGAAGUCCAUGGUGUUGCUCCUCCACAGCCAGCGGCAAUACAUCUUUGAAUUUGACAAGAACGACCGGCUGUCCUCGGUGACCAUGCCCAACGUGGCCCGUCAGACGCUGGAGACCAUCCGCUCGGUGGGUUACUACCGCAACAUCUACCGGCCCCCCGAGGGCAACGCCUCGGUCAUCCAAGACUUCACGGAGGACGGGCGGCUCCUCCACACCCUGUACCUGGGCACGGGCCGGAGGGUGAUCUACAAGUACGGGAAGCUCUCGAAGCUGGCCGAGAUGCUGUACGACACGACGCGGAUCGGCUUCACGUACGACGAGACGGCGGGCAUGCUGAAGACCAUCAACCUGCAGAACGAAGGCUUCACGUGCACCAUCCGCUACCGGCAGAUCGGGCCGCUCAUCGACCGCCAGAUCUUCCGCUUCACGGAGGAGGGCAUGGUGAACGCACGCUUCGACUACAACUACGACAACAGCUUCCGCGUGACGAGCAUGCAGGCCGUGAUCAACGAGACGCCGCUGCCCAUCGACCUGUACCGCUACGACGACGUGUCGGGCAAGACGGAGCAGUUCGGCAAGUUCGGCGUCAUCUACUACGACAUCAACCAGAUCAUCACGACGGCGGUGAUGACGCACACGAAGCACUUCGACGCCUACGGCAGGAUGAAGGAGGUGCAGUACGAGAUCUUCCGCUCGCUCAUGUACUGGAUGACCGUGCAGUACGACAACAUGGGCCGCGUGGUGAAGAAGGAGCUCAAGGUGGGCCCCUACGCCAACACCACCCGCUACUCGUACGAGUACGACGCCGACGGGCAGCUGCAGACCGUGUCCAUCAACGACAAGCCGCUGUGGCGCUACAGCUACGACCUCAACGGGAACCUGCACCUGCUGAGCCCCGGCAACAGCGCCCGCCUCACGCCGCUGCGCUACGACCUCCGGGACCGCAUCACCAGGCUGGGCGACGUGCAGUACAAGACGGACGAGGACGGCUUCCUGCGGCAGAGGGGCGGCGACGUCUUCGAGUACAACGCGGCCGGGCUGCUCGUCAAGGCCUACAACCGGGCCGGCGGCUGGAGCGUCAGCUACCGCUACGACGGACUGGGCAGGCGGGUGUCCAGCAGGACCAGCCACGGCCACCACCUGCAGUUCUUCUACGCCGACCUGACCAGCCCCACCAAAGUCACCCACCUGUACAACCACUCCAGCUCGGAGAUCGCCUCCCUCUACUACGACCUCCAGGGCCACCUGUUCGCCAUGGAGCUCAGCAGCGGCGACGAGUUCUACAUCGCCUGCGACAACAUCGGCACGCCGCUGGCCGUGUUCAGCGGCACCGGCCUCAUGAUCAAGCAGAUCUCCUACACGGCCUACGGGGAGAUCUACAUGGACACCAACCCCGGCUUCCAGAUCAUCAUCGGCUACCACGGCGGCCUCUACGACCCCCUCACCAAGCUCAUCCACAUGGGCCGCAGGGACUACGACGUGCUGGCCGGCCGCUGGACCAGCCCGGACCACGAUGUGUGGAAGCGCCUCAAGAGCAGCGCCGUCGUGCCCUUCAACCUCUACAUGUUCAAGAACAACAACCCCAUCAGCCACUCUCAGGACAUCAAGUGCUACAUGACCGAUGUCAACAGCUGGCUACUUACCUUUGGAUUCCAGCUGCACAAUGUGAUUCCUGGAUAUCCCAAGCCAGAUACAGAUGCUAUGGAACCAUCCUAUGAACUUGUCCAAACACAGAUGAAAACCCAGGAGUGGGACAACAGCAAGUCCAUCCUUGGAGUGCAGUGUGAGGUGCAGAGGCAGCUAAAAUCCUUCGUCACCCUGGAACGAUUUGAGCAGAUCUAUGGUUCCAAUGUUGUUGGCUGCCAACAAACCCAGGAAACCAAGAAAUUUGCCUCCAGUGGGUCUAUCUUUGGCAAGGGAGUAAAAUUUGCCAUGAAAGAUGGCCGGGUGGCCACCGACAUCAUCAGCACAGCCAACGAAGAUGGUCGGAGGAUUGCCGCCAUCUUGAACAAUGCCCACUACCUAGAGAACUUGCAUUUCACAAUUGAGGGGGUAGACACACACUACUUUGUGAAACCGGGGCCCUCUGAGAGUGACCUGGCUAUCUUGGGCCUCAAUGGGGGGCGACGGACCUUGGAGAAUGGGGUGAAUGUCACGGUUUCCCAGAUCAACACAAUGCUCAAUGGAAGGACUAGACGCUAUACAGACAUCCAGCUCCAGCACGGGGCGCUGUGUUUGAACACCCGCUAUGGGACCACCCUGGAUGAGGAGAAGGCUCGAGUGCUGGAGCUAGCCCGACAGAGGGCUGUGGGCCAGGCCUGGGUCCAAGAACAGCAGAGAUUACGGGAAGGGGAGGAGGGCAUCCGCUCCUGGACAGAGGGGGAGAAGCAGCAGAUGCUAAGCACCGGGCGGGUGCAAGGCUAUGACGGAUACUUUGUCAUCUCGGUGGAACAGUACCCAGAACUGGCUGACAGUGCCAGCAACAUUCACUUCAUGAGACAGAGUGAGAUGGGCAGAAGGUGACAGAGAGGUUCUGAGCGUUAACUUCUUGCCAAAGACAGCUACUCUCUUGUGGCCACUUACCUGACUGUGUUGUACUCGGGAAAUAUGAAAAAAACAAACAAACAAAAAAAUAGACAAAACAAAAAAAAACAGACAAAAACAAAAAAAAAGAAAAAAAGAAAAAAAUUUUCUUAAUGAGUGCAGAAAAGGAAAAAAAGAGAUUGGUUGCACAGUAACUCAUGCAACAUCCUUUCUUUUUUAAUUUGGCCUUCACACGUUUUUUGCAAAGAACAGAAGGUAUUAUUUUUUUCCCGUAGUGUGAUCAAAGUGAUUCCUGUCUCUUGUUCCUUUUUUUAAUGUUGUGUUUUGGGGUCGUGUUUUCUUUUCUUUCUUUCUUUCUUUUUUUGUCUUUCUCCAUUGGGAGGCAUUUCCAGAUGAGUGGGUCAGUGUCUUUUCCUUAGUACUUGGUCAGUCAGAAGUGAGCCCAGAGUGUGUGUGCUUCCUGGUCCCAUCCCAGACCCAGGCUUCUGAAGACAAGAGGAGAAGGUGGGAUGGGGAGAGAGCUAGAAGAAACCACACCCCAGUGCACUUACUUAAAGUUCCCAGGGGCCAAGGCUGGGUCCACUGGGUGGGGGGGAGCAGGGAGGGGGUCCUAUGGAAUCUCUGAAUCCUUGGUAGGGCCCUAGUGCCUCCAUGUGACCUCUGCCCAGUAUUUUGUGCCUCUGGAGACUUAAAAACCAGCAUGUCCCUUUGCUGGAGGCCAAGGAGACAUUCAUCCCCCUUCCCCAAGCUAGACCCAACUUUAAAUGUUGAAACCAGAUCUGUAAGACCACCACUUCCCCCCCUCCCCUAUCCCACCCCCAAUGGCAAAUCUCGUUAAGCCUUUCUGCUCAGACAGGCUUCCCCUCUUGCUCCCCAGUCAGGGACAGAGCAGUAGCCCUCAGAAGACCCGAAGGCUCCGCUGUUGGCGAGUCGAUCACCCUCUCUGGGCCCUGGAGAUUAGACGGUGUCCUCCCCAAAUCUCCUUCCAGCGCUACCGUCCUGGGAGUGUCAGAAUCCUGGGAGUGAAAGGACCCGGGCUCCUCGUUUUUUGAGCUCUCUCAUCGUGGCUGAAUCCCUUCUCGUUCCGCUGUCCCCACAGCCAGAGCUGAGACUAGUUUUGGGUAGCUAGAGGAGCCUAGGGAGGCCCAAGCGAGGGAGGGCUGCAUCCCCGUAAGGGCAGCCUCCGGCCACAAGCGGAGGACCUUGUCACAGAAGGAGCUUAAUAAAUGUUGACUGCAGUGAAAUAAUAGAGGUGGCAGUGGGGUUCAGAAUCAGCCUUCCUUCUCCAUGACCCCUGGGACUCUCCUAGGGAGGGUGGGGAGGAGGGUGCAGCCACAAAGGGAUUGUCAGGACCCCCGGGUGCUGUUUCACAAGCAGAAAGGAAGGUGGCGAGGGAUCCUGAGAGAAAGGGAUGCAGGGAGGGAAAAUGUUUUAGGAGUGGGAGGGGGGUGUCUUCAUAAGCUGAUGGAGGGAGUCCUGAGCCAGGCAUGACAUCAGCUGUCCCCAAAAGUUCACGAGCCCCUCAGAACUGAAGUCUGGCAUGUGGCGGGCUUGCUAGGUAGCUAACAGUGAGUCGAGGAAUGGGUCAUGAAAUCACUGAUGCUGGGUUCCUGGAAAUAACUCUGACUGGACGGGAGCCCUGAAGGCGAUUUGCAUAGUGGAAGCGACCUUGGAUUUGGGGUCCAGGGACUCGGGUUCAAAUCCUGUCCCACCUGCGGGACAUUCAAAUUGUUUCAUGACUUUAGAGCCUCAGUUUCCUCCUUUGUAAAAGGAUUGGCUGAAGGGGUGCUCAGUGUAGCCCAAGACCUCUUUCGGAUCUAAAUCUGAUAGUCCCUUUUUUAAAAAAGAAAGACAGAAAGACCCCCUGCUGACACCCUUGCCUAAUAUGUCAACAUGUUCUAUACUGAUGUGCUCCGGAAGCCACUUAGAGGGGAACCUCCCGUCCGCCAUGAAUCUGCCCUCACUGUCAGGGCUGCCCAGCAGGAAGAGGCACAAGUCUCCCCACGGACUCCUUUUCCCCCAAGAGAUGUACUCUGGAGGGGCCAUUUGGGGAUGAUCAGAGAGUAGGGCCAGCCUUAAUCUGGGACCCUGGGGCAGCCCCAAGCUGGUGGGGAUCCGGGAAGUGGAUAGGCUGCAAAGAGCAGAGCUUCCCCUACUCCGUGUGUGUGUGUGUGUGUGUGUGUGUGUGUGUGUACGUGUGUUUGCGGCACGCUCAUAUUAAGCGUUUGCUGUCAGCAAAGAGUUCCUUUCCUUGUUCACACUCUUCAUCGACAUGGCCAUCCAUGUGUGAGGGGGGCAGGAACAGACGCUACCACCUUCUUUGGGGGGCUGGUUUAUUGCAAAAUGGGCCUUUUGUGGUAGCAAAUGGGUUUCAUUUACAUUAAGUGUGGAAAAUGGAUUUCAAGUCUGAGCUAUUCCCAGUGGAAACCUUGUUGGACUGAUAAGCUCUCAGUACCUUUAUAGCCUUACUCACGGAGUCUUCAGAUUAUUACACGAGCUAAUGAAAGCAGGCCGGUCUCUCCAUUUCCAAAAGCCUGUGCACCUUGUAGUCUGUGCAAGGCCAAGAACUAGGGGAUGGUUCAAACCUGCCUGAUGGACAAGGAAUUUAUUUGCCUUAGAUUUUCAGGUGGGAGGGGCAGAGGGGGAGAGGUUGUGUUUACCUGGGUGCUCUUCAGGUUAAAGAAAAAAACAGAAAUCACGCUACUGUGAAAAUAUACUUUGGGUCUGUGCGCUUAUUUCACUGCCGCCUCCAAUUCCAGAGCACUGCUGAAUCCCAUGACAGUCCUCCAGCCCCUUCUCCAGGGGAUGGGUGCCAGCCAGCCGCGCCGGGAGACCUAGCUCUCUGCCUGGCCCUUUCUGCCGUCAGGCACGACAACAUGGCACCAGGCGAAAUGAGCUUUGAAUGGGGAAGCCAAGAAAACGGGGUUCUAGUCCCAGCUCCGUCCCCAAUUCUCUCUGGGAUAUUGGGAUCUAUCACUCCCUCUUUGGGGACCCCAAGUUCCUUCCUUUAUAAAAUGAGGGAGAUGCACUACAUCGCCUAUCUCUGGGGUCCCUUCCAGCUCCGACGUUCUCCGGAUUGUCCAGAAACAUGCCAGAUGUGCUAGUGCUUUUCUAUGCCCUCCACUCUUAUGGGUUUCAGCCUCUAAAACACCACUUAAGGGUGGCCAUUGGUAGCUCUAAUGGGAUGCAUGUUGGCCUAUUAGCCCUCAGGAAGGAGGAACUGUUAGGACUGCCCAUUGUGAGCUGCAGAGACACCAAAGUGACUAAGGCAAGGGGUUCUGCCGCUGAUACCCCAUUGGCAAAAACCUAAUUUUGAAAUCACUGGGGAAAUCUUUGCAUUAAGGGAUUAGCCCUCUUGUAGACUACCUAAUGAAAGAGAAAGUCUUGGUGCAAGAGGGUAGAACUAAGACACCCAAAGAGGGCCAGGACAUUAGAGGAAGGCAGAUUUCUCCUCAGUAAAAAAGGAAGAAAGGUCUAACAUUUCAUGAUUAGAAUUACAAAUUAGAAUCGUGAAUUUCUUGUAAAAGAAGAAAUCAGUUUGAUGCUCCAAGUCUAAAAUAAAGACACCAUGAAGUGGGCUCCUUCCUUGGGCAGUGAGCUCCCCUUCUCUUAAUUAAUUCUUUUUAACUAAUUAAUUAAUGAGGAUCAUUAAACUAAGGCUGGAUGACCUCUUGUUAAGGAGUGACUCCUAUUCUGUUAGAGGUUGGACUAGAUGGCCUCCCCCCUCCACCAAUCCCAAGUCUGUUCUCCUGGGUUUUUGUCACUUGUGAUAUUGGUAUACAUGAAGGGAUAACCAGCUGCCCUAAAUGGAAAGGGGAGGAAUUUAUAACGUGAGAGUGGGGUGCGGUGAGAGGCCUGAGGUGGUCUUGCCCACCCCACCUCCAUCUUCCAAGAUAGCCAGGAUUUUCCCAUGGGCCCACGCUGCCAAUUAUCACUAGAAAAGCCACUUGCCGGCGCCCUGCCCUUUUGGGUUCAUCCUUAUUGCACAACCAGCCAGGUUUUAUAUGUAGCCUACAAGCUUGGAAAAGAAUCAUUCUUCAGGCCGACCUAAAAGUCCUCUCCAUUGACUUGAGCCAUGACCUGGGCUUUGUAAGGACGGAGCUCAGUCCAAAGUUAAAUAAAUGCCAUCGGAACUUUCACAAAGUCCUUUGGGUCAUGAGUCCUCAGCACUGGAGGUCUUCCAAGUGGAAGCCAGAUAGAACCCUGGGGAUGGGGUGCCACAGGGAAGGCUCCUGUUCUGGGGGUUGGGCUGGAUAGGCUGAGGGCCCUCCCCAGAGUCUGUGAUGCCAGAGGCCCGUCCUAGAAGGAAGCGCCUUCUUUGGCCGGCCCUUGCUCUUGGAUAUUUGGAUUAAAUGGAUGCCUGCCCAGAGAGGGGAGUUACCCGCAGACUGAAUCCUCCAUCUUGCAUCCCCACACACAGCUAUACACGCCCCUCACCCUGGACCUUGGGCAGGACCUUGCCACAAAGCUGUUCUCAUUGAACAAGACCGCUUUUCCCCCCACGCCUUUUUAGCCACCAGAGAUGCCGUGUGUCUUCCCCACAACCCAGAGGAGAACUGUAGAGGCUGGGAAGGUGGCUUAGCCAUCUAACUUCUCUCGAGCAGCCCGACUGUCAGAUAGGAGCCCUGUCACUCCUCUCAAAGAGGCUGGCUGAGGCUAGACCCCCAGAAGCUGCCAAGAGACCUGAUGUUCCAUUUCUGCCUUAAGGCUCCAUUGUGUGAAGCUACCCUUGAGAAAGGGGGUGCUGCUGAGAAUCAAACAGAUGGCUGUUCCAUGGAGGGGGUCGUAGGCAAAGGGGAGGAGGGGGGAGGAAUGGGUUUGAUCUCUCAUGGACACAAGGAUUGAUCAAAAAUCUAUAUUAAAAAAAAAGAAUAAAGGAUCUUUUCCAUUGUGACUUGUAAGUGUCACCCUGAUCGAUUGCAGAGAGAUCCAUUCUACAAAGACAAGGCACUCCACACGGAAUUUUAGAAUUUGAUUUUACCAUCUCCAGCAAGGGCGCAUCAUAUUUGCAGCAGUCUCUUUGACUUCAGCCAGUGUAGAACUGAAACUUGGGCACAGGGCUCCACUGCCUGAAGGCAGCCUCGGAGGAAUAAAUACUCAGUACACAGUAAGGUCCCUGGUUCUGCUUGGGGGGGCAGGGGGGCAGAGAACCUGGUUUUGGGGGGCCAGCUUGUCCGCUGCUUGCCAGAGGCAGAACUGUACAUUUGUCAGGUCUGGGCAGGGGCAGAUAUCUCAGUCCGGUUGGUCUCCAAUCUACAGGACAGCAGCUGGCCCCUUGUUGCAGAGCCCAGGGUUUAAAAGAGACAUGUCUGACCUUUUCUGGGGGUUAUUCCUAUCCUCCUGGGGAGAGAAAGAUCUUUAUUUGGGGUGUACGAUUCACAAUUAAGUCUACCUACUUGUCCCAUUGGCCUAAACAUCUCAUAGGAGAGGGGACUUCCCCUUUGAAACCAGCUUUGUUUAUAAGAGGCCAAGGGGUACAUGAGUAGACGAGGGUCUGGUGAGGUUGCCAGAUCCAUUCCUCAAUGGUAAAUCAAGGAAGAUAAGUUUAAUGGGACGCAAGAUGGGAGCGAAGGGUUAGAAAUGGCUUUUCUUGCCCCAGUGGUGAGCCCUGCAGCUGCCCAGCUACUCUCAAGAAAGCGUAUCCGGACACCUCCCCAGGGCCUCCAGGACACAUCCCGGGGGGACACCAGAUGGACCACAGGAAAACUGAGCUCACAGCAGCUCGGACUUCAAAAGGAGGCACAGGUGGAGGACUACGGCCCCUUCCCGAGAAACCAAAACGUGGAAUCCCCUUUUCCAACCUGGCCUACUAAUUUUGCGUGAGAACUUCUGAACCUGCAGCUUGGAUGAAAGAAACUUUGGGUCAAAGCUGCCUUGUGAAAACCCACACUGGAGACCCCAGCAUUGCUGCGUGUAAUAGUUUUCCUGAAGUCUGGAACUAAUUUUGAGAAAUUUUUUUUUCUCGACACCUUGUGUUUCUAACACUGUAUUCUUGACUGUGUAAAUACCGAGCAAGGCUGUAAAUAAAUGCAGAUGUAGAUACCUUCUAGAAAAAUGAAAACAACAAAAACAAAAAACAGAAGUGAUCCUGUGUAGCCUUCGGUGACAAAUAAAAGAAUAUUUUGUGUUUAAA